AUGAAGCCCUUGAUGAGGAGGAGGAAGAAUAAUUCAAGAUGCAAACCUCUACCACCCUCAAAGAGGCUAAGGCUCGAGGCCCAGAGGGUUCUGAAAGAAAGAGUUCAGGACAUUGCAGAUAAGAAGGGCAUCAAGCUAAGAUUCUGCAACCUGAAAGAGUGUGAGAAUCACGUUCAUGCCCUAGAUAGCCCAUGUGCAAACAUAAGAAUGGAGAUUGGAUGGCCUCCUGGAGUGCCAUUUGUUCAUCCCCAUGAUUUACCAAAUAAGGCAAAGAUUAGUUUUCUUGAAGCUUAUGAGCCUGGUGCUACUCACGAUAUGGAGUUGAGUUUGACAGACCCUGGACAAGGCAGUCAACUCGCGUCCAACUCUGAUGACCAUACGGACUUAAUUGAUCUUUAUAGUUCUCUUUAUGGACCAUUUAAUCAGGAGGCUUCAUACAGGCUUGGCGCUAUCGUGGUUCUCCAGAAGUGUAGAGGGCAUUUUAGUUACAAAAUCACUGAGGAUAUUCCAAACUCAGUUCAUUUGGCUGGAUUCUGCCCAGUGUCUAAAUUCAAAAGAUCUUUAGUCAUGUUUAGUUAUACUUAA